UCUCGGUGGUGCCGGUGGUGAGUGUUGUUUGUUUUGUAUCGUUUGAAUCGACAAUAUGCCCUGCAGUAUGCUUUAAUUUAAUGUAAUAUUGAUAAUGUGAACGCCGGUAAACCUUAUACUACUUCAUUUUUAUCCAACCAUUGUAUUUUCAAAGACAGUCAUGGAUACUGAUAAUGUACCAGUGCGAGAUCCAGGUGCUGGGCCAUCUCACGAGGGCGGUUUGACACACCUUCCUGGUGAUAGCGAGCAACGACGUGCCAAGGAACGACGUGCAAUAUCUAAGAUAACACGUGAAGAGCUAGAGGAUAAAUAUUUACGUCUACAUGAUGAAAACCUGGUCCUCAAGAGGCAUGCAAGGAAACAAGAAGAUAAGAUUAAGAAGAUGGCUACAAAGUUACUUCGUCUGGUAAAUGACAAGAAGAAACAAGCCCCUGAAGGAGCAAUGAAGAAAGGACGUGAUAUAGAGAUGGAGGAAAUGCUUGAUGAUCUUCACACCAAAGUGCGAGAGUUGACAAAACAAAAUGAAGCGUACAAGAAUAAGUUAAUGAUAGCCAAGCAACAGUUGGCUACUCAGAGUAAGAGACAAACAUCUUAUCCUCAUGUUCAGUCUAGGAUUGACACAGGUCGUGCUAAGGCGGCACCAGACACAAGCAGACAGAACGCAAGACCGCCAGUGGAUGACCGCAGGUCAGCAACACCAAGAGCAUUCAGGCAAGAUGUGCUUCCACGGUAUGGACACAGUCUGUUGGAGGAGGCUAGAGAAGAAAACAAGAGAUUAGAGGAUUUUAUAAGCCAGUUGCAGGACCAAAUAAACAUUCUAGAGGAUGACAAAGAGAUGCUACAAGAGCAGCUCCAGACAAGGGAAUUAGAACAUGAUGAUGAGAUACUGCAGUUGAAAAGGACAAUGAAUCAAGGUCAACGACGCACAGCCAAGUCUAAUAUCCAGGAGAAUGUAGAAUUAAUUCGACUGCAGAGGGAAUUAAAAGACAAAUCCAGUAAAUUAACAGCACUACAAACACAAUUUGCAAGUCUUCAAGAAAAUUUGAAAACAGUAAAGAAGAGUCAUGAUGCGAUGGUGUCUGAAAUUGAGGAACAAAACAAGCUUGUGCAGAACGAACAAAAUAAGGUACUAACCCUACAGAAUCAGCUUAAGAAAGGCAGCGCUUCACAGCGGAUAAUAGCCGAGCUUCAGGAAAGAAUUUCAGAUGUAGAGAGAGAGAAGGAGAUCCUCAGAGAAGCUAAUGAAAAAUUAUUGAACAGUGCUUUUGAUGCCGAGAGAGAGCGGCAGUAUAGAGCUAAUGAAAAGCAACUUAAAGUACAGAUAGCUCAACUUGAGGCUACCCUGAAGGGUGAUCUCAAUGAUAAGAAUACAAUUCUAGACAAACUUACAGAGGAGAGAGAGUCGCAUGAGAAGCUACAAACCGAUUUCCGUGAGUUGCAGAUCAAGCAUUUUCAAGUUAAACAGCAGUUGGACGACUUGCAAGACAAGAUGCGUUUCUUCAACAAAGAAAGUGCCAUUGACUUUGCUGAGAUUGAAGAAGCACUUAUCCUGGUGAAGAGGAGAAAAGAGCAAGGCAGCCAGGAUCUUGAUUUUCUUGAGAGAGUUGAUGAGGAAGUCAACAGAGAUUUGAAAAAACAGGUGAUAACCCUGCAGGCUGAGCAUGCAGACACCAUCAAUGAACUUGAGAAGACACGCAACAUGUUGAUACUUCAACACAAGAUCAACAGAGACUACCAGGCAGAAGUUGAAAACAGCACUCAUAGACUUGAAGAGUACAAAACAGAGUAUGACACAAAACUAGAAGAGUAUUCACAGUUACUGGACAUCCGAGCUGCUAGGAUAAAGAAAUUGGAGCGCCAACUCAGAGAUAUAGCAUAUGGCACUAAGCAGUAUAAGAUAGCAGAUGCAGAAGUCUUGAUGGAUGAUGAAAUGGAAGAAGUAGAUGAGUCAGUGAAGCUUGAGAGAGGCCAGAACUUGAUGGAGAUUCAUAUACAAAAGAUUGAGUAUAGUCAAGAAGGGUUAAGAGUGCUUGAUGAUUCGAACCCUGCAACCUUUGUAACUUAUGAAUUCUUUGAGUAUGAGCUUCAGUCAACACCUGUUGUGAAAGGUUCUAGGCCUGUGUUUGACUUCACAUCACAGUAUAUUGUCACUGUUGAUGACUUCCUCUUGCACCACAUCAUGAAAGAGUCGACAACAUUGGAAGUUCACCAGGCCAUUGGCACUGAGUUCCGUACCAUCGCUGCAUGCCAACUCCACUUUAGAGAACUCCUUGAUGGCAACCAGAACAGAAUACACGGUAUUGGGCAUCUUAUUGGUGCCGAGCCAGGCCGUGCUGGGGUGCAGUUUGGAACUGUUGAAUUUUGGGUCAGGUUACGAGUACCGAUGGAUCAGGCACUUAGACUGUUCAGGGAAAGAGUGAAAGCUCUUGGUUAUAUGACAUCCAAUCAGAGAGCUACACAGCAAGCUAUUCAGGCUCUGGAUGAUGACACUGCAACUACCCGACGUGGGGAUCAGAACAUUAAUGAGCUGUCUGUACGCAUCAUUCGCUGCAAUGGACUGAAAGCAAGAAGACAAGGUGUGCAACCAAGCCCUUACUCUAUAUAUCGGUUUUUUGACUUUGCUGAUCAUGAUUCAACCAUCAUACAGUCCAGUAACACGCCAGAGUUCAACGACACCAAGGUAUAUCCUGUUCCGAUGAAUGCAGACUUGGACAGAUACCUGAAAACAGAGAGUCUACAAGUGUACGUGUUUGAUGACACGGACCCCGAGGAGUCCGCAUAUCUUGGUCUGGCUAAGAUACCUCUCAUCAGUCUUGCACAUAAUAAAGCAAUCAAGGGAACUUUUGAACUCAAACAGAAUACAAAUAAAACAAAUGGAACGAUUGAUGUAUUCUUGCAAUGGCAGUAUACAUACCUAGCGCCACAAGUUGGAGGAGAGAAGAUGGAGAAAUCUAAGCUUCAGCCACGCCCACCACCAGCAGCAGUAACACCUGCAGCUCGCAAACCACCAAUUCCAAAGCCUGCUCCCUCACCACAGGUCAUGUCUAAUACAGUGCUAGCCUCUGGUCCUGGCACAAUGGAUGUAACUCCAAUCAGGACUGCCCCACUCAGACGUGGUCCUGCUGCUUCAUCCACUCCAGUGCAGCCUGAUUCGGAGUCUAGGCCAAGAGAGGCGCUUGUACAACAGUCAGACAUUUUGGAACCUGUUUCUAUAAGGACUAACUCAGGUGCACUACCCCCACCACCAAUACUAACCAUCAACUCACCUGAGGAAUCAGACCAGGAGUUGGAGCCAAGUAGCAACGCCACUCCAUACCAGGCCCAGUUACCUCCUGAGCCUAGAACAGCAACUACCUCACAGGCAGGUGAGAACUUUGAUGACAGUGGUGAAGGGGACAGUGGCCCGGAGCCCUUGGAAGCAUCAGUUGAGGAGGAGCUUAGGAGGAAGACCAGUGAAGAGGAAGCGAGUGAGGAGAGACCCAGUCAGAAGGAUGAAUCUGUCUCUGAGCAGGAUGCAUCUGAGGAUCUAGAAGAUGUUGUUGCAAAGGAGAUGAGAGUGCAGUUUGGUACAGAUUUGAUGGACAACUCAGAGCGUUUAAGCGAUACCAACUUUGAAGCUGAAGAAGAAGCAAGUAAUUUUGAUGAGGACACAGACGACGAAGAUGAUGUUGUCACACCAGCUCCUGACAGAGAAGGAAAGGAGGAGGAGGAGGAAAUAGUGUCAACUAAGGAGGACCUAAUGUCCAGUGACAAUGACAGUGUAGUGAUGUCACCAGCAAUGAAUAGACCAGCAUCUGCACAGGCAAAUGAUAAUGUUGUUACUGUGACAAUAUCUCAUGUGUCUUUGGAGCCUGAAACACGUGUGGUAGAAGAUGAGAAUGUUGAACGCUUAUUUGUUGAGUAUAGAUUCUUGGGCUGUCAACCUGAGGAACUGGAAACACCUUUUUCACUCCCUAAGCCCAAACCUGAUCAUCACAUUGUCUUUAAUUUCAAAAAAGUGUUUCAUAUCGAUCCGGAGGAAAAUCGCCUCAGACGGGAUUAUCUAGCGAGCAUGCUCCUGCCAGAGGACACAUCCGAAGGAAAGAUUCGUUUUACCUUGGUGAGUGAGCCACCAGAGGACAAACCUGAUUUGGAGUGUGAAGAUCAAGGCUAUGCUUAUGUUGAUGUACGAGACAUACUGAAGCAGGGAAAGGACAUGCAUGAACAAGAUAUUGAUAUUGUCGAUGCCAACGAUGAGUCCUUAAUGAUCGGUACUAUGAAUGUAACAGUAGAGUGUGUUGCUGCGUUGAGGGCAGUAGAAUCAGAGCUGCAGUAUGAUGAGUCAGACGAAAAUUAAAAAAUCAAACAAUAAUUGAAAGUGCAAUAGUAGAGUAUGCAGAAUAUAUUGAAAAUUUCAGUCAAAAAUACCAAUCUCACAAGAAAUGCAAGGGUAUAGGUGAUAUUGGAAAAUCUGAGCUUGUCUCAGUGAUUUUUGGAAAACAAUUACAAUUGUUAUGAACUUCCUAUUGUACAAGGACUUUACGAAUACAUACUGAAGAAAUGUGGUACGCGACUACUAGGUUAGAACUAAGUGCAUGGUUGGGUUGUUUUGGUCGGGAAAGAUUCUCAGUAAGUUGAUUUUUCAAUGAGAUAACUAAAGCUCUCUAAUGACUCAAGCUACUGCAUGACCGUUUUUAUAUUUUAAUACAACCAAUUUCUUCUAAUUUAAAUACAUUUUUCCAUGAAUUUGUGAUAAUUCGUUAUCACGCAAAAAAAAAAUUCUCAUCACGCAUGUGUUUCUACAAAAUACGUGUUUCAUCCAACAUCACUCUAAAAUGUGGGAUUGUCCCGUACGAUGCGAGACAAUUGGUAACCAUGGCGGCUGGUAGGGAACGUGAAGGCUGAGUGGGAGCUUACUGAUAAAUUGUCGGGGUUUAGCUUGUGAAAUGAGGUAAAUUUUACCUACCCAUAUUUUUUUUUUUGCAAAGGGAUUUGUAAUGUUAAAAGGGGAGGGGUACCUGGGGAGGUGCAAGCUUUACUGUUGGAGGGGGUGUGCAGCCCCCAAUCCUUAUAAAUAAGGCACUGGAUAUGCUGAACUUUUUAUGUAGCUUAUUGGUAUGUUUUAAUGUUUGCAUUCUAAUAUAGAUUACCUUUGCUAAGUUUCCACCUAAAAAUUUUUCAGGCAAAAUAAAAUUAGAAAACGAAAAUUAAAUUUAACAUAAAGUAUGUUCAAAUGUACAGUAUAUAUUCAGCCAAAAAAUGCAACUGGCCUAUUUGUGUGUGUGCUUGUGGUGUUAUUACUACAGUACUGUAUGUAUCACCUCUGUUAAAGUGAGACCCUUAAUAGAAUGUUUGAUUACAUAACAUAAAUAAAAGUUUACUAUCAAGGUAUAUUUAUGUGCUUUAAUUUUGACUCUACUUUAGUAUAAUUUAGUUUUAUUCAACUGUAAUUGUCAAUAAAUGCAACCUUGAUAAUAACACCUAUCACCUUGAUUCUGAUUCUGAAGGUGAAGUACUAUAGAUAACUGUUUGACAUUUGAAAACUUUAUUUAUUUGAAAUGUUGCUAAAGGUAAAUGGAAUGUGUUUUGAUAACUUGGCAAAAUAGAAUAUAUUUUCAACAAAAGGCAGCUACAGUAUGUUCAUAGUGAGUGUAUUUGAAAUGAAUGCAUUCUAUUUGUUUUUUGAUGAAAGAUUAAUAAAGACUACAAAAGAAUC